CAACCACGCCUCCCUCUCCUCUCCCACCUUUUCGGGCUCUUUACAUUUCCUCCUUUCCAAACAAUCAAAACACUACACGUCUCACUCUCUCUCGCUCUCUAAAUUCUCAUUUUUUCUCUCUGUUUUUUCAAAAAAAAACUUUCUCUGUUCACGUAUAACCAGAAGGAGGCGCCUAAGGACUGUUUGUUUUUUGAGAAAAUUUCUGAAGAGAAUCUAAAGUGAGUGAAAAUGAACGGCUUGAGUUUAUUUAAGAGAGCUUCUAGAGCUUUCGAUGACUAUCCUUCACUCGCUAAACUCAUUGUCGUUUGCACCGUCAGUGGUGGGGGCUAUGUAGCAUAUGCAGAUGCAAAUUCAUCGAAUGGUGCACAUGCUGUUGCACCACCUGUACCGGAGAUCAGGAAAAAGAAGGUGGUGGUGAUUGGAACUGGUUGGGCCGGAACCAGUUUCUUGAAGAAACUGAAUAAUCCCUCGUAUGAUGUUCAGGUGAUAUCACCUCGGAACUACUUUGCAUUCACUCCUUUGUUACCAAGUGUUACGUGUGGUACGGUGGAGGCUCGUAGCAUUGUCGAACCAAUUCGUAGCAUUGUCAGGAAGAAAAGUGUUAGCGUUAGUUACUGUGAAGCUGAAUGUUUCAAGAUUGAUGCAGAAAACAAGAAAGUUUAUUGUCGACCUAAUCCGGACUCCAGUAUGAAUGGGAAAGAAGAAUUUGCUGUGGAUUACGACUAUCUCGUAAUAGCCAUGGGAGCCCGUCCGAACACAUUCAACACACCCGGUGUAGUAGAGCAUUGCAAUUUCCUGAAGGAAGUUGAAGAUGCUCAGCGGAUCCGUCGUUCUGUUAUUGAUUCGUUUGAGAAGGCAAGUUUGCCGACUCUAAGUGAUGAAGAGAGGAAGAGAAUUCUUCAUUUUGUAGUUGUUGGUGGUGGACCAACAGGAGUGGAGUUUGCUGCUGAGCUUCAUGAUUUUGUCAAUGAUGAUUUAGUCAAACUAUAUCCUGCAGCCAAAGAUUUCGUACAAAUAACAAUUCUUGAAGCAGCAGAUCAUAUUUUGAACAUGUUUGACAAAAGAAUCACAGAUUUUGCAGAAAAGAAGUUCCAUAGAGAUGGCAUCGAUGUGAAGCUAGGGUCCAUGGUUGUGAAAGUAUCUGAUAAAGAAAUCUCUACUAAAGUAAGGGGGAAUGGUGGUGAAAUUACUGCCAUACCAUAUGGAAUGGUCGUCUGGUCAACUGGAAUUGGAACUCAUCCUGUCAUAAGGAGUUUUAUGCAGCAAAUUGGUCAGACUAAUAGGCGUGCUUUAGCAACUGAUGAAUGGCUGCGAGUUGAGGGAUGCAAUAGCAUAUAUGCACUUGGUGAUUGUGCUACAAUUAACCAACGCAAAGUCAUGGAGGAUAUUGCAGCAAUAUUUAAGAAGGCAGACAAGGACAAUUCUGGAACCCUAACAGUAAAAGAAUUUCAAGAAGUCAUUGAUGACAUUUGUGAAAGAUAUCCUCAAGUGGAGCUAUAUUUGAAGAACAAGAAAAUGCGUGACAUUGCUGAUCUCUUGAAGAUGGCUAAAGGAGAUGUUGCAAAAGAAGCAAUUGAACUGAAUAUUGAAGAGUUUAAGAAAGCCCUUUCUGAAGUUGAUUCCCAGAUGAAGAAUCUUCCAGCCACAGCUCAGGUUGCAGCUCAGCAAGGCACUUAUCUUGCUAAUUGCUUCAACCGUAUGGAAGAGGCUGAAAAAAAUCCUGAAGGUCCUAUCAGGUUCAGGGAAGAAGGUCGCCAUCGAUUCCGUCCCUUUAGAUACAAGCACUUAGGGCAAUUUGCUCCAUUGGGAGGAGAACAAACAGCAGCACAGCUUCCUGGUGAUUGGGUUUCAAUUGGCCACAGCUCUCAGUGGCUUUGGUAUUCUGUCUAUGCAAGCAAGCUAGUCAGUUGGCGCACCAGGGCGUUGGUGAUAACAGACUGGACAAGGCGUUCCGUCUUUGGAAGAGAUUCCAGUCGCAUUUGAGCAGCUAUCAGCAGGUCGCAAGGUUCCCCAUUUGGCAGAAUUAUAUUGCAUACUUUGUUAGCACCACUUUGGCAAUCAUAAAUUUUUUUGCUUUCAGAUCAUCUUUCAUUAACCAAACUGUUGAAUAAACAAAGCCCAUACCGCUUACAAUUUAUCAAAUCUGGAGAGGUAAAUUGUAUAAUUUGCGUGUGAAGAUCUCGACAUUACCCUUGGUGGUACACAGUUUUGGCAUUAGCGAGUGCCACGUUUUGUGGCCAAAAUUACUUAGAAA